UUAGCUUACUUUUUAUUAUUAGUACUAAGAAUUAAAAAAUGAUAACAAAUUAAACCAAAAUUAUCUCUGAGCUACUCCGGUAAUAAAAAAGUUCUAUUCAUAUUCAUGUUACACAACAAAAUAAUAAAGGUAAUACAUACAUCCCUGUAUUUUCGCUGCUUCGUCGCUUAUGCGCAAGAUGCCGAUUUAACUUGAUCCAAUCUCACGUGACCUCACGUGAAACGUAGAGCAUUUUAGCGAGGUUAUAAUAAUAAUCGACGUAAACAAUGAAAACUGAAAUGUAUAAUGAAAUAAUGAUGACGAUUCGUAAUUUUCGGGGCCUGUCGAGAGAUUGCGCCAAAAUGUUAAAGGAAAAGUAUAAUGACAUUCAUCCAAAUACGCUGUAUAGCAUCUUGUCUUUAGAAAUACAACAAAAAAUGAAAACAAAUCAUGUCAGGCUGUUUGGGAACAAUAAAAGUUAUUAUGACAGUUAUUUAGAAGCAGUACAGAAUGGAGAGCCAGUAGGGAUUCUAUUAAGGAUAGCGAAAGAAAUUGACGCUGCACCAGCUUUGUUAGCACGUAACAUUUUAGAAAAGUACUGCAUGCGUGACAAUGCAAAUGUUUCAAAAAAUCGAAUUUCCAAGCUAUUUAAGGAUACUACAUUAAUUGAGGAUAAAGAUCUGGCAUAUGAAAUUUAUUUGUGUACAUUAUAUGAUGAUUUGUAUGGUCCUAUAGCUGACGCAAUGGGAAUAUGCAUAGGACAAGAGUAUGAAAUCAAACUGCAAGAUUGCCUGAUACAAAGAAAUAUUGCCUUUCGCAAUGAAGAGCACUUACGGUUACGAGGAUAUGACAAGACUCCAGAUAUUAAAUUAGAAGUACCAAUCGCGGUGAAUGGUUAUGUAAUAAAUUGGAUUGAAUCUAAGGCACGAUUCGGCAACAUGGAUGUUCAUCAAAAGUAUGUGAAGGAACAAUUCUUAAGCUAUUGGAACAGAUUUGGAUCAGGACUGGUUAUCUAUUGGUUUGGAUUCCUCGACUGUUUGACGAAAUCGACUGAGAAAAAAUUUAUUAUAAUGGACCAUUUUCCCGAAAAUAUUACAUACAUGGAUCCAGCUUGUAUCAAACCUACGAAUAGUGCGUGAUUAUAAUCGAUAUAAUUGCAUAUAUUUUAAUAUAUAUAUCUUUAUGACAAUAUUUCCUUAACUCGUGUAAAUAGAUUUCUACUAAAUGAUCUAAUUAUAAAUCAAUACUUUGAUACUCUAUUUCUAGUUGUUAUCGAAACGGAUCAAAGUAUAGUUUUGUACUUUCAUAUUAUUUGUAAUUAUUAUAUUUAAAUUAUUAAACUAUUCAUUUUUCUCA